ACCAAAGUAUACGAAUAGAUCAGAAUUCAGAGAAAAACAAAAAAGAAAAAAAACCGCCAUGGAUCGACAGCAACAGCAAGCGGGAGCUCCAGUGCCGCGGCCUCCGACAGGCGAUUCCUCAGCCAUUCUCUCAGUGUUCCUCGCUUUCAUCGUUAUCUCUGCCAUUAUAUUGAUUCCAUCAGCGUCAAAUAUCAAAAGUAGCUUAUCCAUUUUGCAUCAAGUCCCGGAAGGCCAUGUUGGGGUAUAUUGGAGGGGGGGUGCCCUUCUAGAUACAGUUACUGGUCCAGGUUUCCAUCUGAAGUUGCCUUUGAUAACCCAGUAUGAGCCCGUUCAAGUGACCCUUCAGACAGAUCAGGUGACUGACAUUCCUUGUGGGACCAAAGGGGGUGUCAUGAUCAACUUUGAGAAGAUAGAGGUUGUUAAUCGGCUUCAUAAGGAACGUGUGUAUGAGACACUGCGUGACUAUGGUGUGCAAUAUGACAAGACUUGGAUAUAUGACAAGAUUCAUCAUGAGAUCAAUCAGUUCUGCAGCUCUCAUAGUCUUCAACAAGUCUAUAUUGAUGUGUUUGAUCAGAUUGAUGAAAAGAUGAAAGAUGCUCUUCAGGGUGACUGCACACGCUAUGCUCCAGGCAUUGAAAUUAUCAGUGUGCGUGUUACAAAGCCUACUAUUCCCGAAAGUAUUAGACGAAAUUUUGAACAGAUGGAAGAGGAACGCACUAAGGUAUUAAUUGCUAUUGAGAGUCAGAAAGUAGUGGAGAAAGAGGCAGAGACAAAGAAGAAGAUGGCUAUCAGUGAAGCUGAAAAGAAUUCCAAUGUUAGCAAGAUCCUUAUGGAGCAGAAGUUGAUGGAGAAGGACAGUUCCAGGAGGCAGGAAGAAAUUGAAAACCAAAUGUACUUGGCUCGUCAAAGGAGCUUGUCAGAUGCUGAUUUCUACCGCUUAACGAAGGAAGCCGAAGCAAACAAGUUGAUGCUUACUCCCCAAUAUCUUGAGCUUAAAUUUAUUGAGGCCAUAGCUGAUAAUACAAAAAUUUUCUUUGGCGACAAGGUACCUAAUAUGAUUUUGGAUCAGAGACUGUUAGGAAACUUCCUUAAAGAGGUGUCCAGAAAUAUAUCUAUGGAGACGAUAGCGGCUUCUUAAAUUCUAAUAUAGUGUAUGUUAUAAUAUAAGUAGGCGCAGACACUGUCACAAAACAAGAAGGAGAAUAUAAUGAUGUGUUUUCUAAACUACAUUUUGUUUUUGGUAGGGAAACAUGUCUUUCUAAAGGCAAUCACCGUUUUUCUUGGCCACCGGUUGCUGGCGUUGCCAAUUUGUUGAACAAUUUCACACUGUUGAGUGCUAAACUAUGCAAUUCCAUGUGGGUGUUAAUAAUGUUAUAUAUGAGUGUUUUUAUUCCCA